AUGGAUAACUUUCAAGACUUUGAAGAGCUGGGAAUUAAUGAUAAUGAAGAACCGUCUGAUUUUCAAACGGCGGCCAACCAUGUACAGAAACUAGCAUCAAAAUUGGAGAAUGCCGAUCUUUUGCAACUUUAUGGAUUUUAUAAGCAAGGCCUUGAAGGAAAUUGCAAUGUUCCCAAACCAAGUUGGUACGAUUUUCGAGCAAAGUCCAAAUGGGAGGCAUGGAACGCUUUACAGGAUAUGCCACAAUCUGUAGCGAAGGAGAAAUACAUAGAACUCGUGUCGAAGUUAGACACUUCAUUCGCCAAAGAUGGUGUCGGACAGCAAAGCACCACCAAAGAAAGUUGGGUCACUGUCUCUACGCUACAGAAACCCGAGGAAAGCGAUGAAGACCAGGAUGCCGAUGAACUCAUUGCAUCUGUCAAGGCUGGUGAUCAUGUUGCAGUGGACCACUUCUUGUGCGAUUCUAAGGAGAAAUACAGCAAGGAUUUCGACUGGAAUCGACUUGACAAGGAUGGUAUGGCCCUUAUUCACUGGGCCACUGAUCGAGGCUGUACAAAGAUUAUCAAAAGUCUUGUGGAAAACGGCGCGGAUAUUCAGGCAAAGGACGCUGAGGGACAAACCGCCAUUCACUAUGCGUCUAGUUGUGGCCACUUGGAGUGUGUGGAGUUGCUUUUAGAAUUGGGAGCAGAUGCUACUAUUAAGGACAACGACGGAGCGGAUGCGUACGAUGCUGCUGCCGAUGAUGCCGUGAAGGAGUUCCUGAAGAAAUGCAGUCUUAAUAUUGGAUAGUACAGGUAUGAGGGUUUUGCAGGAGCUGUUAUGGCGUGGAAACGUAGUAGUGUAAAUUAGCCAUUUUGUAAAUGUUUUCUUUACAAAUAAAAAUUAUUAAAUUUAUAA